AUGGUGACGGACAGGCCUGUGGCUCGUGACAAAGCGUCUCAAAGUGCCGACUAUCCACUAGUGAGGAGGUGCAGAGGAGGAGGCACAGACGAGGUCCAGAGGAGGAGCAAAGGAGGAACAGAAGGGGCAGAGGAGGAGGCACAGACGAGGUCCAGAGGAGGAGCAAAGGAGGAACAGGAGGUGCAGAGGAGGAGGCACAGACGAGGUACAGAGGAGGAGCAAAUGAGGAACAGGAGGUGCAGAGGAGGAGGCACAGACGAGGCACAGAGGAGGAGCAAAGGAGGAACAGGAGGGGCAGAGGAGGAGGCGCAGACGAGGCACAGAGGAGGAGCAAAGGAGGAACAGGAGGGGCAGAGGAGGAGGCACAGACGAGGCACAGAGGAGGAGCAAAGGAGGAACAGGAGGGGCAGAGGAGGAGGCACAGACGAGGUACAGAGGAGGAGCAAAGGAGGAACAGGAGGGGCAGAGGAGGAGGCACAGACGAGGCACAGAGGAGGAGCAAAGGAGGAACAGGAGGGGCAGAGGAGGAGGCGCAGACGAGGCACAGAGGAGGAGCAAAGGAGGAACAGGAGGUGCAGAGGAGGAGGCACCGACGAGGUCCAGAGGAGGAGCAAAGGAGGAACAGGAGGGGCAGAGGAGGAGGCGCAGAGGAGGGUCAGAGGAGGAGCAAAGGAGGAACAGGAGGUGCAGAGGAGGAGGCACCGACGAGGUCCAGAGGAGGACAAAGGAGGAACAGGAGGGGCAGAGGAGGAGGCGCAGAGGAGGAGCAAAGGAGGAACAAGAGGGGCAGAGGAGGAGGCGCAGAGGAGGGGCAGAGGAGGAGCAAAGGAGGAACAAGAGGGGCAGAUGAGGAGGCGCAGAGGAGGAGGCGCAGAGGAGGAGGCGCAGAGGAGGAGGCGCAGAGGAGGCACCGAGGGAGCACAGAGGUGCAGAGGAGGAAGCACAGAGGGAGUACAGAGGUGUAGAGGAGGAAGCACAGAGGGAGUACAGAGGUGUAGAGGAGGCGCAGAAGAGGAGCAGAGGAGGUCCAGAGGAGGAGCAAAGAAGGAGCAGAGGAGGAGCAGAGGAGGUCCAGAGGAGGAGCAAAAGAGGAGCAGAGGACGAACAGAGGAGGCUCAGAGGAAGACAGGCGGGGGUACAGGAGCUAAAAUGGAGAAGCAUGGGUACAGGAGCUAA